GAAAUAAAAAAACAUUAAAAAAACUAACUAUGGAUUCAAGUUCAAGAAUCAAGUUCAACAUUUAUUUAUGUACGACAUCUAUUACCAUAAAAAGUUCCUCCAUUGGUAUUAGUGCAUAAUUCUGAAGCAAUGCAUCUGCAUACUUCAAUUACAUUCUUGAUAGUAUCACGAGGAGGUUGUGAUAGGAGUUAAAAAUACGUAUGAAGUAUCUUAGCAUUUGCUAGCCAACUGAUAACGAAUAUAAACAAAAAUUUAAAUAUUGAUGUUCUGUAUUUACUGUUGUGAGUUCACUGAUUUAUUAGAAAAAUACUUCGGGUUUACAAAAUUCGUUUUAUACGCGAUAACAAUGGAAAUCGGAGAGAGCGAGAGUAAAAAAAGCGCGGACGCAAGCGGCGUGGUCUGCUUGGAUGAUAGCUGUUGACGUCUGUCACUUAUCCUGCGUUCACAUACAUAACAAUUGAAAUAAAGCUACUCUCUGUCUAUUUCUAUUGCACUCUCUUACUAGCUAGCUACUCUUGAAAUGUGUGCGUUAAAGGACCUAAAUGAAAAUAGACUUCUCCAUCUAAUGAUAUUGCCUAAAACUUACAUUACAUUACAUGUACUGACUGUUUUGUGUCUAACUAAUGCCUUCUUACAUCUAUUUGCUAAGCUAGUGCCUAUUUCUGCCUAUUUGCUAAGCUAUUUAGGUGUCAAAAUGCAAGUGUGAUUGUAAGAUCUUUCUGGUUCUGAUGGAAGCUCGGUCACGUUGGUACCACGCAUGCACUGGUGUCUCGUUCCCUACGCCGUGUUGUCUGCGGGCUGCAGUCCGGUGUCAUCCGAUGCUCCGCAGUGUAAGCUGGAUUCGUCUGGUCAGUAUGUGCAGGUGCAUAGGUGAUAAAUGAUUAACCUUUGUAAGGCCGUUCACAAGGACAAAGGAGGCGUGGAGGCGUCUGUAGAGAAUGGAAAUAGCAUAGGAGGAGCAAAAGAAGAGAGAACGUAAAACUUGUACUAAAAACAUCAAGAAAGUAAUUAAUUUCACAUAGAAGAACGUAACCGGCUUUGUGACGUAACAGAGAUUUCAAAUAGCCGGCGAAUCAGAAGGAGAUGGAAAUGGAGAAGCAGAGAGAGAUAGCAAUAUCAGGGCGAAAUAAAACCGAAACGGAGGAAACGUCAGGCAAGGAAAAUGAAGAAAACGUCAAAAGAAGGAAACGAGAGAGACUGCAGCACUGCCUCAAAGGUACUGCGUUGGAUAUAGUCGGUCACUUGUUACUGUUUCCGGAAGGUGUGAAAGCGGCUAUUGACACUUUGAAAGCUCGUUUCGGAAGGCCGGAUUUGAUUGUGGAUCGGACGGUGGAGAAAAUAAAAAUGAUGUGCAGGCUUCUGGAUUGGUGGAUUACAUCCACGACGUUAUGCUGCUGAAGGAGCUGGUAAAAAAGUUACCACCUGUACUGUGUAUGGAAUGGGCACGACUCCGAAAGCGACUGCGAUCAGUGAACUUGUACCAGUUCGGAAUGUGGAUCGGUGAGCUAGCGGAUGAUAUCUGUGCGGUUAUCGACAUGCCCGAAGCCAGCACGGAGCAAGCUGAGAGGAGCGCACCACCCGCGCGUCAUAAUGUGCAACGACAUGCGCCACAUCGACCCGCGGCAAUGCAGCCUCACCGUACCGCUCCAUAUGUACGUACUACUCCAGCUUACUGCAACGCCGUGGUACUCCAGGAUGAGUCCAGCAGCGGUGUACCUUCAUCGAGUAGCCACCCGGAGUCACCGUCGUGUAUCCUCUGUGGGGGGACGUGCGUGUCGUUGCGCGCCUGCAAGAAGUUUCUCAGGACUACGGUAGCUGCCAGGAAAGCGUUCAUCAACGAACGCAAACUGUGUCGCAGAUGUCUCGGCUACCACAACGGAAGAUGCAACAUCACAACUCCGUGUGGCGUAGAUGGGUGCAGUAUUUUGCAUAAUUCACUGCUGCACCAGGAAGGCACCCAUGGUAACUGCGGUAUAUCUAAUGAAGCAAUUAAUAAUUGUUUUAAUACACAUUCAGGAGUGAACGAGAGCGUGCUGUUAAAGUACGUACCAGUGACGCUGUACGGGCCACGAGGAAAGGUAGAAACCUUCGCUUUCUUAGACGAUGGCUCAACGUCAACGUUUAUGGACCAUGGGUUGAUGGACGAACUUGGUCUUGAAGGCACGCCCCACCCUAUCCAGCUUCAUUGGACCGGUGACGUUACGAGAGAGGAAAGGGACUCGGUACAGCUCUCGGUAAAAAAAUCGGGUAGACAGGGUUCGGCCACGCCGUAUCUUCUAACCGAUGUUCAUACCGUGAAGGAAUUGGCUCUCCCGAGACAAUCGGUCAACACUUCCCAGCUUGCGGCAAAAUACCAGCACCUACGGGAACUUCAGCUGCCGUCGUAUGCGGAUGCAGCACCACGCAUCCUCAUAGAGAUAGACAAUUGCAUCCUUGGGCGUUCGUUGAAAUGCGUUGAAGGGAAAUGGGGGCAGCCGAUCGUCUCAAAAACUCGCCUAGGAUGGGUAGCGUAUGGGCCCUGUCCGAUAGCGACCAAUACACCAGGAGUUUCUUUGCAAGCUUUCCACACACGGGUACGCGAGAGUUCCGUCGAUCUCGUGGCCGUUGAGUUGAAUGCACGAUCUUCGCCGCGAGUCACUAACGUCAAAAGUGCAGAGCGUAGAAAGGUCGAAAUUAGGGAACCAAUUCGAAUGACAGCGGUACCGUGUAUAGAAAUGCGUUUCAUAGAAAACACGGUAAUUGGUACUUCGCCGCGUUGUACAUAUCUGAGGAAAGGCAGGAUUGUUGUCUUAGACGGUUCACCAGAAUGUAGUAGAAAACAUUAUACUCACUUGCCAAUAGAGACGGCCAAAAAAGACGGUAAACAGGAUAAACACGAGAGCGCCGAUAAUAAUGCGGAUUUGAUGAAUGUGGUUCGGUUGAUAGAAGAUAGUUACACGCAUAGAAAUCUUACUCGAAUAGGUAGAAUAGAUUCGGAAAGGUCGAAGCGAAUUACGAAACCACCAGCUGAAAAGAAUUAGCAAGAUAAUUAACUGAACCGCGUAUGAACUUACCUUUAGAAGCGUCGGCCGGGUAGAACCGCGUGUAUGCACAUUUCGUUGUAGCGCGGAAGUAAACAAAGCAACGGAACAAGAGUCUGACAGAUAUGCGGGAGUGCGACAGCGAUAGCUUCACACUCGGGGGGACAAUGUUGGAACAUUUGUAAGGUUCCAACAUCUGUCAGACCAGGCGAUGUUAUGAUCCGGUUCAAAACACAUAAAAAGGGAGAAAAACCGCGCAAUCGGCCCUUAACGACAAGAGCGAACAAGUGUACAAACGAUUAUAAGAGAGAGAAUAAAAAACACUAAGUUUUUGGCACUGCGUUAAAGUAGCCUAAAGAAUUUAAUUCUCUAACUUUUUUUACACGGGAAGCAAACGUUUUCCAACAGUCAUUGUUGACCGCUUCAUCGUCACCAUCAACCAUCCCUGACGUUUCCGGUACGUUCCUUUUCGAUGGAUCUUUGUCCGAUUCGUCAGCUAUGCUGGGACAGCGAUUCUCUUCCGAUUCGUCAGCUAUGCCGGGACAGCGAUUCUCUUCCGGAUCGUCAUCCUCAACCAGUCUGCCGUCUUUACCUGAUACUUUUUCAUCAUCCGGUGUACAUGAAUGUGUUAUAACUCGAAAACAAGUGGACAAUCUUAUUAAGCUAUCGAAGCAGACUACGGCUCGAAAUUAUGUUUUCCGCAAUGGAUACUAUAGCAGGGACAACAUCACGCAAUGCAGCCAUUACUGCCAUUGAUACAGAAGAGGCAUUAUAAGCAUUUAAUGCUAACUUAGAAGCUAACACGUAUGUGACUGAGAUGCUCAGCUCACUUUUGAAUAUAACAUAUGUUAAAAGAAGACCAAAUAAUAGAUGUAUUGUUUACUAAAGAUGUUUUUCUAAAUGUUGGUCAGGGAUUAGUAAUAAAAAUCCAAAAAUUGCAUUUUUUUUAUCUUUGAAACUUUACCUAAAGUUGCAUAAUUUAAGAAGCUAAGAUAAUUAAUCCAACGUAAGUUUGAAAUCAUGGGUUCAAGUCCCGAAUAGACCGCGUAGGACCCCAUA